AUGGCUGGCCGUGACGAUUCAAAUCCUUUCGGCCAAGAAGAUGUGAACCCAUUUGCGGACCAAGGAGCUCGAGGGAAAGGGUCAGCUCAACCAAACUAUAGUGGAGGUGCAUUUUAUAUCACAUCGAUGAAUCCUAUUAUUGAAGCCAUUGCAGUGGAGACAGCUGGUUUAAGUCAAUGUCCAGCUUCAACUUGGGUUGAAUUGGUAGAGAAGGAAAGAGAGAUUACAGGGCAGGGAAAAGGAGGAAACAAUAGGCAGAAAUCAAUGGAUAGCAUAAUCCUUGAGCAAGUUAUUGCAGUUUUGACUUCUGAGGCAUUUCUGUUUAAUCCUGGAAGUGGUCCCCCUCCAAACUCAAUGCUUUCACCCCUUCCUCCUGAACGUGCUGAUUAUGAUCGUGGGGCAACAGUUGAUAUUCCUCUUGAUAGUUCCAAGGAUUUGAGAAUGAAGGAGAAGGAACUCCAAGCUAAAGAAGCAGAACUAAAGAGGAGAGAACAGGAAAUAAAAAGGAGGGAGGAUGCUGCAGCACGAGCUGGAAUUGUUUUUGAGGAGAAAAAUUGGCCACCAUUUUUUCCUAUCAUUCAUCAUGACAUUGCAAAUGAAAUUCCGAUCCAUCUACAGAAGUUGCAGUAUGUUGCAUUUACAACAUUAUUGGGUUUAUUUGUCUGCCUUCUGUGGAACAUGAUAGCAGUUACCACAGCCUGGAUCGAAGGGGAAGGUCUGACUAUCUGGUUUCUUGCUAUCAUCUACUUCAUAUCGGGGGUUCCAGGAGCCUAUGUGUUGUGGUAUCGUCCUCUUUAUCGUGCAAUGAGGACUGAUAGUGCCCUGAAGUUUGGGUGGUUUUUCUUGUCUUACGUGUUUCACAUUGGCUUCUGCUUCUUUGCUGCAGUUGCUCCGCCAAUUAUUUUUAAGGGGAAAUCACUAACAGGAAUCUUGCCAGCAGUUGAUGUUUUGAGUAAUCAUGCUUUAGUUGGGAUCUUCUAUCUCAUUGGCUUCGGAUUUUUCAGCCUUGAAUCAAUGAUCAGCAUCUGGGUUAUCCAGAAAAACAGAGAGGAAAUGAUGCUUCAAGCUUGCAGUUCCAGAGAGCUAAGCUACGAAAAUCUCCAUAACCCAGUUCAAAGCCACAUCUUUUCUUCACCAUGUAAGCUUCUGAAUCUCUACUCUCCAUUCAAAUCUAGGGUUCUUCUAGGGUUUAAUUCAUGUACUCAUCACAGCUCAGUAGAGACACAAGAGUGUUCAUUACACACAUCGCCCUUCAUGACUUGUCAAACCAUAAACAGAACUGUAAAUUCACAAACCCAGAAGCUAAACGCUAGAGGAACUAUUAGGGUUUAUAUAGGGUUUAAGCUUCAGUGCCAUUCAAGAACACUAGUUUUGCCCACCAAAACCAGAAUUAAUGGUAAAAAGAAGAGCUAUGGAGGUGUUUUGCCAUCGAUUUUACGGUCUUUGGAAUCCGAUACUGAUAUUGAGAAAACCCUUGAUUUGUAUUAUGGGAAGCUUAAUCCCAAAGAACAAACUGUGAUUCUCAAAGAGCAGACUAGUUGGGAAAGGGUUCUUAGGGUUUUUGAGUGGAUAAAGUCACAGAAAGAGUAUGCUCCCAAUGUAAUUCACUAUAAUGUUGUGCUACGGGCGCUGGGUCGGGCUCAAAGAUGGGAUGAGUUGAGGCUUAGUUGGAUUGAAAUGGCAAAAAAUGGUGUUUUGCCAACGAAUAAUACUUAUGGGAUGCUUGUUGAUGUGUACGGAAAAGCUGGUCUUGUAAAAGAAGCGCUUUUGUGGAUUAAGCACAUGAAGGUGAGGGGAAUUUUUCCUGAUGAGGUGACCAUGAAUACAGCCGUUAGAGUUUUGAAGGAUGCGGGGGAAUAUGAUCGGGCAGAUGGGUUUUAUAAGGAUUGGUGUGUUGGAAGGAUUGAAUUGGAUGAUCUUGAUUUGGAUUCUAUAGCUGAUUCUGAAUCUGGGCCAGGUGUGGAACCCAUUAGUUUGAAGCAUUUCCUUUCAACCGAGCUUUUUAGGAUUGGUGGGAGGAAUACUGGUAAAGUUCUUGCUUUGUCGGAUACUGAGAACUCUGUUAGGAAGCCCCGACUUACAGCUACUUACAAUACGUUGAUUGAUAUGUAUGGAAAGGCAGGUCGCUUGAAAGAAGCUGCAGAUGUGUUUGCGAGUAUGUUAAAAUCUGGGGUUGCUCCAGAUACCUUCACUUUUAACACUCUAAUAUUCACUUGUGGAAGUCACGGUUAUUUGUCAGAAGCAGAAGCUUUGCUUGGUAAGAUGGAAGAAAGGGGAGUCACUCCUGAUACAAAAACUUACAACAUCUUUCUCUCUCUGUAUGCUGAUGUGGGUAACAUGGAUGCAGCUCUUAGGUAUUAUAGGAAGAUUAGCGAGGUGGGUCUUUUUCCUGAUGUUGUGACUCAUAGAGCUGUUCUUCAGAUACUAUGUGAGAGGAAAAUGGUUCAAGAAGUGGAGGCUGUGAUGGCAGAAAUGGAGAAAGCUGGUGUGCGCAUUGAUGAGCGCUCUCUUCCAGUUAUCAUAAAGAUGUAUGUCAAUGAAGGAUUGACCGAACGUGCAAAAGUCAUUUUUGAGAAGUGCCAAAUGGAUGGCAGAUUGUCAUCAAGGACAUAUGCAGCAGUUAUGGAUACAUAUGCAGAGAAAGGACUUUGGGCUGAGGCUGAGGCAGUGUUCUUCAACGAGAGAGAUUUAGUUGGACAGAAAAAGAAUAUUGUGGAAUAUAAUGUUAUGAUCAAAGCUUAUGGUAAAGCGAAGCUUUAUGAUAAAGCUUUCUCUCUCUUCAAGGGCAUGAAGAAUCAUGGGACGUGGCCAGACGAGUGCACUUAUAACUCUCUCAUCCAAAUGUUUGCAGGAACAGAUUUAGUGGAGCAAGGCAGGGACCUCUUAAUUGAAAUGCGAGGAGCAGGGCUCAGACCACAGUGUGUAACCUUCUCUGCUGUUAUUGCAAGUUAUGCCCGCUCAGGCAGGCUUUCUGAAGCAGUCGAUAUCUACAAAGAAAUGGUUAAAGCGGGGGUAAAACCAAAUGAAGUUGUUUAUGGGUCUUUGAUCAAUGGAUUCGCAGAGACUGGCAGAAUUGAAGAAGCGCUUCACUAUUUCCAUGUCAUGGUGGAAUCUGGGAUUUCAGCAAACCAGAUAGUGUUAACUUCGCUGAUCAAGGCUUAUAGCAAAAUUGGGUCUGUACAAGGAGCAAAACAACUUUAUGAGAAGAUGAAAAUUUUGGAGGGUGGUCCUGAUAUCGUGGCAUCUAAUAGUAUGCUCAAUUUAUAUGCUGAUCUGGGAAUGGUAUCUGAAGCCAGAUUGAUAUUUGAUAAUUUGAGAGAGAGAGGUUGGGCAGAUGGGGUCACAUUUGCAACGAUGAUGUAUGUUUACAAGAAUAUGGGCAUGCUGGAUGAAGCCAUUGACGUUGCAGAGGAGAUGAAACUGUCAGGUUUACUGAGGGAUUGUGUUUCUUUUAAUAAGGUAAUGGCAUGCUAUGCCACAAAUGGGCAGCUAGUUGAAUGUGGCCAAUUGUUACAUGAAAUGGUAAAUCGGAAGCUUUUGCCUGAUGCCGGGACCUUUAAAGUAUUAUUUACUAUAUUGAAAAAGGGUGGCAUUCCAGUUGACGGAGUCAGACAGCUUGAGUCAUCUUACGAGGAAGGGAAACCUUAUGCCAGGCAAGCUGUCAUAACCUCUGUUUUCUCUGUAGUAGGUUUUCAUGCUCUUGCACUUGAAUCCUGUGAGAUCUUCGCAAAAGCAGAUACGUGUCUCGAUUCCUUUGCCUACAAUGUUGCCAUAUAUGCUUACGGGACUUCAGGGAAAAUCGACCAGGCACUAAACAUUUUCAUGAGAAUGCAAGAUGAUGGGCUAGAACCCGACAUUGUUACUUAUAUUCAUCUUGUAGGUUGUUAUGGUAGAGCUGGUAUGGUUGAAGGUGUGAAACGAAUUUACAGCCAACUAAAAUAUGGAGAGAUUGAGCCCAAUGAAUCCCUGUUCAAUGCAGUCAUUGAUGCCUACAAAAAUGCCAACAAACACGACCUUGCUGAAUUGGUUAACCAAGAAAUGAGAUUUGCUUUCGACACACAACAGUCUCCUGAUUCCGAGACUGAAGAUGAGCCUGAUGAAACUUCUGUAGAUUUUUAG